AUGGUCGAUGGAAUACAAUUUUGGAUUCCCCGGAUUCCUAAACAAACAGCUCAGCAGCAGCGUCCAGGCCACCGUCGCUGUCGUCUCCCCUGUCUGCGCCUUCAUAAAUAUGGAUGGCCUGUGCAGAGCUCUUGUGUCCACUUCCAGCUGACCGCUCUCAGACACCAUGACCACUCCAGACCUCCUCCUAUCAAAGCCCUCCGCCGCCACAUCAAAGAAACCACGGCGCGUCCAGUCCGACCGGCGCAGGCUCCGUUUGAACCUCUGAAUGAGACACAAGGAACGACAUUUUUGCACGAUUAA